UGGGACUCUGUGGUAAUUGCCUAUUUAAAAUUUAAAACAGUUUAGAUGGAAUUACGACGGUUUGUGACUGUCUCCGUUAAUGUCGAACAUGAGGUGUGAAAUUUAGUCAACGCAUUGCGAUGGAGUGUGGAAACUUUCUCAAGAAAAACACAAAAUUAGAGAAAAGACUUAUUUUGUCUGUCGUGGUGUUGUGUGGCGUUGCUCUAAUUCUUCUUAUUAUUUUGCUCUGUAGAAACGAUCAACAAAUUUGCGACAGUCCCGAAUGCGUUCAAGCAGCUACUCAUAUUUUAGACACGGUGGACCCCACUGUCAACCCUUGUGAGGACUUUUACAAAUUUGCCUGUGGUACAUUUUUGAAAAAUGCAGUUUCACUGGGACAACCAACUACACUGCAUCACCUCAGAACACUGAUGAAGAAUAAACUGAAGGAGAUAGUGACAGAAAAAGAAGACACAAACGUUUCAAGAGCUCUGCAAAUGCAGAGGAGUUUUUAUAGGGCCUGCAUAAAUGACACGAACAUCGAUGCAGACAAUGAUAGGAUGCUUUUAAAUUUACUAGAUGAAGUCAUUGGCGGAUGGCCGGUACUUAAGGAAGGAAACUGGAGUGCUAAAGACUUUAAAUGGCUAGAUGUCAUGAUCAAAGCAAGACAGCUAGGACUUUUUUAUCAAUUUUUCUUCAGAGUCAGCAUUUUUAGUGGAAAUGACAGUAUAAAUACGAUAUGGAUUAGACCCCCUGAUGUGAAAGAUAUUGAAUCAUUUCAAUGGAAACAGGAAAAUCGGAACCUUAUGGCCCAAAUUGCAUCAGAUCUAGGAGCCACGAGUAGGGAUACGUCUCUAGAAAUAGGAUAUACCCUAAAUUUUGCUGAAGAACUUCAUAUAAUAGUUCAAGAAUACUACGAUAAUUCGAAGAACAAUGAACAGUAUAACAGAAGGCAUAGUACUAUAAAAGAGCUGAAACAUAAUCAGAUAAAUAUACACUGGCUAGAAUUUUUAAAAAACUUAACAGGUGUUGCAAUAACAGAAGAGGAUGUGGUUGUAUUUGAUGUGGAUAGAUACUUUGAUAGGCUUAGUAGCCUGCUAACUAAGCCGUAUAAAAUUCAGGCCAAUUAUAUGGCGUGGGUGAUAAUUUCAACAAACAUUCAAUACAUGUCGAAGAAUAUUAGACAGAAAUAUAUGAAGAUGCGGAAAAUAAACGAAACGGAAUCAAGUCGAACCGAUUUGUGCUACAAAAUAUCUAGAGAACUCUUCAAAAAUGUCGCUGAAGGAGAAUAUGUACGUAGAUAUACCCCUCCUUCAAAAAGAAAAUAUAUAGGCGAAAUGAUCAAAAAUAUAAGAACUGAACUCCAGUUAGUUCUGCAAGAUACUUCUUGGAUAGAUGAAGAAACAAGAUCUUACGCAAUGAAUCUUUUACAAAAUAUUACUGGGGAAAUAGGAGGGACUAAAUUGGUAUAUGACGCCAAUAAGUUCGAAAGCUUAUUCGGAUACUACCAGGUAAAUAUGACUUCCGAUAAGUUGGUAGAUAUGGCGAGAUUGAUGAACAUUAAUGAGGUGAAUAGGUACUACCGUCAAUUAAAGCAAACUACUAUUGAACAGGAAAAUGAACUUGCCAAUACUCCGAUAUUAGAUGUUAAUGCAUUUUAUUUGAAACAUUUUAAAAAACUAGUUCUCCCUACACCAAUUUUACAAGGAAUUGUUAUUGACGAACGGCGACCUCAUUAUAUGAACCUCGGCUCUUUAGGAAGCAUAAUAGGUCAUGAAUUCAUUCACGGUUUCAUAGAAUUGUCUCCCCAUGAAGAUAUGGAUGAAAAUACUUGGUGGACCAACAGAACCACCAACAAUUUCAAAAAAGUCAGUCAGUGUAUUAUUAACGGAUACAAUAGAUAUCCGGAGAAGGAUGGUUUCAAUAAUAAUAGUACAGUGUUUGAGGAAAAUGUGGCGGAUUUCUCCGGCGUAAACCUGGCUUACACUGCUUACAGAAAAUGGAAGCAGACGAAAAAGUUAGGAGAAAUGCUUCCUGGCGUAAAGUACACUGCAGAUCAAUUAUUUUGGAUCAUGGCAAGCACAUACUUGUGCUACGAACCGAAACUAUUGGAAAAGGAUGAAUCCAGAAGGGAAGAACCUAUUCACGCAGCUCCCAGCUAUAGAGUGAUAGGUCGAUUACAAAAUUCGCCUUAUUUCGCCAGUGCUUUUAAUUGCCCCGUUGGAUCGCCUAUGAAUCCGCAAAAUAAAUGUCGAAUAUUGGCCUAGUACUAUUACUCUGAAAGUGGACAAAAAAAAUGAAUAAUAUCCGUUGUUCUAUCAACGAAAUUACAUUUGUAUUUACUAUUUUUUGUCAUAUGUUUAUUUUUCAUUAUGAAUAUUUUUAUACAUCUGUUAAUAAUAA